UUCUGGACUCACCCUGUACUAUUAGAGGAAAGAAUUUAGAACUUGGAAUGAGAAGCACCUGCAUUUGAAUUCUGGUUCUUCCAAAGGUGUUCUUGGACCCCAGCCCAGCCUUAGUUAGAAAACAUUCUUUGGAAACUUUAAGAUGCUUUUCAAAUGUGAUUUCUAUGGGGCAAUUAUCUCAUCAGCAUCUGUCAUGACUUGGGACCUCCAUGAGGAAAGAGAUGAGAUUAGAUCAAGCUUGGGAAAGAAUGAGGAGCUGUCCCAGAGGAGGCAGUUCCUACGCCAGCACGCAGCCCCCUUCUCCGACUUCCUCACCGACAGCUUUGGCCGCCAGCACAGCUACCUGCGGAUCUCCCUCACUGAGAAGUGCAACCUCAGAUGUCAAUACUGCAUGCCUGAAGAGGGUGUUCCAUUGACCCCCAAGGCUGAUCUGUUGACCACAGAGGAGAUCCUGACCCUAGCCCAGCUCUUUGUGAAAGAAGGUGUAGACAAGAUCCGGCUCACAGGCGGAGAGCCGCUCAUCCGGCCAGAUGUGGUGGACAUCGUGGCCCAGCUCCGCCAACUGGAAGGGUUAAGGACCAUCGGCGUCACCACCAAUGGUAUCAACCUGGCCCGGCUGCUGCCCCAGCUUCAGAAAGCUGGUCUCACUGCCAUCAAUAUCAGCCUGGACACGCUGGUGCCAGCAAAGUUUGAGUUCAUCGUCCGCAGGAAAGGCUUCCACAAGGUCAUGGAGGGCAUCCACAAGGCCAUUGAACUAGGCUACAGCCCUGUGAAGGUGAACUGUGUGGUAAUGAGAGGCCUGAACGAGGAUGAGCUCCUGGACUUUGUGGCCUUGACUGAGGGCCUCCCCCUGGACGUGCGCUUCAUAGAGUACAUGCCCUUUGAUGGCAACAAGUGGAACUUCAAGAAGAUGGUCAGUUACAAGGAGAUGCUGGAUACCCUCCGGCGCCGGUGGCCGGAGCUAGAGAAGCUGCCCAAGGAGGAAUCCAGCACAGCCAAGGCCUUUAAAAUCCCUGGCUUCCAAGGCCAGGUCAGCUUCAUCACGUCCAUGUCUGAGCAUUUUUGUGGGACCUGCAACCGGCUGCGCAUCACAGCUGACGGCAACCUCAAGGUCUGCCUCUUUGGGAACUCAGAGGUGUCUCUACGGGAUCACCUGCGGGCAGGGGCCCCCGAGGAGGAGCUGCUGAGAAUCAUCGGGGCUGCCGUGGGCAGGAAGAAACAGCAGCAUGCAGGCAUGUUCAAUAUUUCCCAGAUGAAGAACCGGCCCAUGAUCCUCAUCGAGUUAUUUUUGAUGUGCCAAGAUUCCCCACCAGCUAUUCCGAGCAUUUCCUCCUGGGACCCCGUCCGUUUUCAGGGUCUGAGACACAAAGUGAGUUUCUCCAACCAGAUGGCGACUUUGUGGAAAAGAUGCCGGGUCCCCCACACCACUCCCCUCGCCCAGUGGCAGCUGGGCUCCAUGUCCCCUCAGAGACACUGCAGCUCCCACCUAGAAUCAGAUUCUCACCCAGAGUGCCUUAGCCCUGAGUCCCGGGCUCCUGCCACCCCCUCAGGAUCCCUGCCGACCUCGGACCAACUGACCCAUGUGGACACGGAAGGACGGGCAGCCAUGGUAGAUGUGGGCAGGAAGCCAGACACAGAGCGAGUUGCUGUGGCCUCAGCGGUCGUCCUCCUGGGACCCGUGGCCUUCAAGCUCGUCCAACAGAACCAGCUAAAGAAGGGAGAUGCCCUGGUGGUGGCCCAGCUGGCAGGAGUCCAGGCGGCCAAGAUGACCAGUCAACUGAUUCCUCUUUGUCACCACGUGGCCCUGAGCCACAUCCAGGUGCGGCUGGAGCUGGACAGCACGCGCCAUGCUGUGGAGAUCCGGGCAUCGUGCCGGGCCCGGGGUCCCACUGGGGUGGAGAUGGAGGCUCUGACUUCAGCUGCUGUGGCUGCCCUCACCUUAUAUGACAUGUGCAAGGCUGUCAGCAGGGACAUUGUGUUGGGGGAGAUCAAGCUCAUUAGCAAGACAGGGGGUCAGCGGGGGGAUUUCCAUAGGGCUUAAAGCCCCCGCCCCCUCUUACUUCUAGCCCAGCCAAGUCAAGUGAUGGCGUGCAAUAUUGGCCAAGGGAAAGAUAGAUGUCAAGUUACUUUAAUUCUCUCACUGUUUACCUUCACCAAAAGGAGCUUGGGGUCAACCCAUUUUACUGCUAGAUGAACUGUAGUGACCUAUGAGGUUCCCUUUCAUUGGAGUGAAACCAGCAGGCCCUUCAGCUUUCCUGGACACUAAGGCCAUAGGAAGCGGUCACAAGGAGCAAUGCUAGAGAACUGGAAAAUCACUUAGUGUUGUUUUUGCACAGUUUCAGAUAGUCCAGCCCAUCACUUCCACUUCUCACUUAGGGUUUUCUCUACUUCUGCUUCCCUGGGGAGAGAAGGGCUCAUAAGCAGAGGAACCCACUUUGAGGAGGAAAAGCACAGCUUGCAUUUUAGAAUGUAUCAUUUCUCCUCUUGAGUGGCUUUGCCUUCCUAAAUUUGGGGUCACAACCACCUCCCCCCCCCAUUUCCCUCCUUGCCAUCAUAUGAGCCAGUGAUGCCUCCUUUUGCCUGAUUUGCAGGCUGUCACCUUCACACUUGCACCAUCCCGCCAGCUCCAUCCCUCAGCCUCCUCCUUGGGCGUGACCAGCCACGCCUCUCUCACACCCUCCCUGCUGCCCACUACCCCACCCCUUUAUUCUUGAACACAUCAGGGAAAGAAGAGAGCUGAAGGCUGCCUUCACCCUCACAGCACAUAAUAAAACUCUUGAUGCCAAUUUCAGAGAUGUGAUAAUGAGGCUGUGUCUGCGCAGCAGGCACCCCGCUGCAACAUUUCAUCCGCACCCCAAGGCCCAUCCCCUGGAAAAGACAGAAGAGAUGUUGUGAGGGCAUGUUCUCCAUAUGUCUGCCCCUCUUCCCUGUAGAAGGAAAUGCACCAUCUGUGGUGACGGCGUCAGGUGGGGGUAUCUGAGCUCAUGGCCCAAAUCACAGGUUAUCAGUGAACGGGGGUACACAUAGAGGCUGGACUUGUUGCUGGUUCUUUAAUGUGGCUCUAGUUUCAUUGGCACCCACUGCCUGCCAGCCCUGUCCGCAGGUGUGCUGGCAAAUAUUUAGCAACCAGCUCUUGGGAAAAGGAAGAGCCGAAUUCCAUGGCUGAUUUCAAGCUUCACAUGAGAUAAAUCCUUGAAAAUGUAACGACGGCCCCCCUCAGAACCGGCAUGAUUUGGCUUCAGCACCCAGCACACCCCAAGUCGCCCCAUGGCAAGAAGGCACAAGUUUCAAGGCAGGUUGGAUGGGGAUGGUAUGGAUUUAAUAUUUUUUAGUAUUACAAUAUAUUCUUAUAAAAAAGGUGCAGGUAAACAGGACUCCGCAGAUUUUGUACAUUAGCCUCCUUUGUCGUCUGAGAG